GGUUUACAAAAAGAAGUAUGUAUUGUUUUUUUUCUUAUCUAUGAAAUUUCUUCAAAAUUUUUAAUAGUCAAGAAAAAAAAAAAAAGAAGAAUAUAUUAUUAUGUCUAGACUUGUUGUUGUUCAUAAAAGAAUAAACAAUAACAAUAACAACAAAGUGAGAAUGUGAGAAUAUCAUUUUUUUAUGCGCGAUAAUAAUAUGCUUCAUUUCUUUUGUAUGCGAAAUACAAUGUAAUUUCUUUUGCUACUCUCUCUCUCUCUUCCUCAUGUAGCAUCGUGAAAUAAAAACAAAAUAUGACGAUAGUUUAUUAGAAAUUCGUCGUUUACAAGAUCGUAUUGAUAGUAUGGAAUUUAUACGACGAAAUAUAAAUACAUCAUCUACUAUACCACCUAGUGCUAAUACAUCAAGAAUAUUAACUAAUACAUAUUCAUCAGGUAGUAAUAGUUCACCUUCUUCAUAUUUGGCACCUACAUCAAGACGUCAAUCAAUGUCACGUUUUACAUCUGUGGAAAGAGAACUAUUACCUCCACCAUAUACUCCAAGAGAACCGUCAGUAGCAAGACGUAUAUCACGAGAUUAUUCUACUGAACGUUGGCAAAAUAAUAAUAGUAAUAAUAGUAAUACUAAUUCUCUUAGACGUGAUUCGUCUAAUGAUGGUAAUAAAAUAAGUUUGACUAACAGUAGAAGAGGACCCGAUCGAUGGUCAUCAUCAUCAUCAUCGACAGUUUGCACCGAGAAGAAACCGAAUUUACGCGUCGUACGUGAUGAUUUUGAUAGUGAAAAAAUUCGAAAUGAUUUAUUACAAAAAGAAAAUGAACGUUUACGAACUAUACGUAAAAAAAAUUUAUUAAAUACAAAUGAUAUAAAUUCAAUUCGUUCACAAACGAGUUCUCCACUACUUUAUCAAGAAUACAAUAAUAAUAAUAAUAAUAAUAACAAUCAUCAUACACCAGAAAAUAAUAUGACAGAGAGUAUAACAAUGACCAAAUCAACUUACAAUUCGAAUAAUAUUUUUUGA